UCAAGAUUCAGCAGGAUCGCGUUUUCAAACGCGCCAGCAGAGCUGUGUUUGGUGACGAUUACGUGAACCAGGAAGAUCACGCUUUGCACGUUGGCUCCGUAGAUCCUGAUGCCUUAAAUAAGACGAUCCGUGGAGGCCAGGACAUCCAAUUGGGCAAGAAGGUGUUCGUGGAACAGGAAGAAGGCGCAAAGAUGGCUGCGCAAGAAUUCGAGAAUGUCCGGAAGCAACUGUUCAGGGCUCAAGUGAAGAAGGAAAUGCGAACGAUGGGAGAAAUUGAGCAAGAGAACCAAACUGCUGCCAGUCUUCCAGGUGCAUUGUUCGAUGCCAUGGAGCGGGGCAAUCACUAUCGCUCAGAAGGCGAAGCGGAUCGAAUCGCAGAUGAAUUUGACCGUGGAGUUGAGGAUGGAGAGGAGUUGUACUGUGAUCAGGAGGACAUGAUUGAUGUCCUAGACCAAGAUCCAGAGAGUGUGGCCGCAACUGCUCCAAACUCCCUAUUUGCGGACAAUUACCUAGCAGGAUACGCCACAGACGACCGUGAGGUGUUGGUUGAAGUCUUGGCACGUGCAGGAGUCGAGCUGCCGCCUGAGGGAGAACGCUAUUUGCGCAAAAGCAUGGGUGAUAAAUCCGCAGCAGUGGAAGAUUACACUCCUGCAGCAGAUGGAGUUCUCGGAGAAGAAGAUGAUGUAGGAGGUCCCUUAUCUGGAGCAGGACUACGAACUUCCAUCAGUGGUCAACAUAAUCGUGCUUCGCGUCGUUCGCAAUCGUCUUCUCCCAUGCGACGUUCUUCUUCCAUGACGAACCGGCGAUCUACACGUCGCUCUUCCUAUUCCCCUAACAGGCGCAGCAAAGUCGACAGCUAUCAACAAACGAGCCGUGGUGAACUGAGACGCAUCCAAGAUGAACUCCUCGAUAUCGACGAUCGCUUGCUGGCGAUGGGAGACGGAGGGGCCACGCACCGAGCGCAUGUCCAGAUGUUUGACAGCAGUUUGCCACGGUUUUUUACGUCCGCACCAACGCCGACCGCUCGCACCUCUUCUCGCACGAAGGCGAGGAAAAAGCUAAGCUUGGGCCCUGGCCUGGUCGUGGUUGAAGAAACAGAUACCAACAAGGUCUUUGAUGGUAUGAAUGAAGACGAGGGAGGAGAAGGAGAUCAGCGGUCUCCAAUUCUUGGAGGAGCUGGCGGAGGUAGACAAAGCUUUAUUAUGAAC